AUGGCGCUGCCAACUCCGGAUCAUCAGCUAGUCAAUUCCUUAGAGAAGCACGCUGUUAUACCUGAAGACUAUUCAUCGUUGUUACCAUCGGAUACUGCUACACUUAAAGACAUCAUUGACUUUAUCAUUCCGCCUGUCUCUGAACACCACGUCCUCACCCCAGAUGUUCCCUCAUCCUUAUCCAACUGUCCAGCCUAUCUUGAUCCCUCUUCUGCCUGCACUAUUUUAUUAAAAUUACCCACCGCUGGCGGUAGUGCAGAAGUCAAAAAAAAGCUAGCGCAAAAUGGUCAUGGAGAGGUCAGUAACUAA